AUCGGGUCAGUAGAUGAGGCACAUCUUAAUUUCAGGCUGCUCAGACAAUCAGUCACUCAGGAUGACGCAUCAGUUCCCAACGCUCUCCGAGGCUCAGAAGAGGGAGCUGCAUGAGACCGCUUUACGCAUAGUUUCUCCAGGGAAGGGCAUCCUGGCUGCAGAUGAGUCUGUAGGCAGUAUGGCUAAGCGGCUGGCUCAAGUCGGAGUGGAGAACACGGAGGAGAACCGCAGGCAGUAUCGGCAGAUCCUCUUCAGUGCGGACGAUCGCAUCAACAGCUGCAUCGGAGGGGUCAUCUUCUUCCACGAGACCCUGUACCAACACUCUGAUAAUGGCAUUCCCUUUGUCAAAAUGAUCAGGGACAGGGGAAUCCUGGUUGGGGUCAAGGUUGACAAAGGUGUUGUUCCCCUGGCAGGAACUUGUGGAGAAACCACCACACAGGGUCUGGAUGGAUUGUCUGAGCGUUGUGCGCAGUAUAAAAAGGACGGCGCUAUCUUCGCAAAGUGGCGCUGUGUGCUCAAAAUUAGUGACGUCAAUCCAUCAAAGCUGGCUAUCACAGAAAAUGCGAAUGUUCUUGCACGUUACUCUAGUAUCUGCCAGCAGCAUGGCAUCGUGCCCGUCAUAGAGCCAGAGAUUUUGCCUGAUGGUGAUCAUGACCUGAAGCGCUGCCAGUAUGUCACUGAGAAGGUCCUGGCUGCAGUGUACAAGGCCAUGUCAGACCACCACGUGUACCUCGAAGGCACUCUGCUCAAACCCAACAUGGUCACCCCUGGACACAGCUCCUCCACCAAGUACAGCCCAGAGGAGGUUGCAAUGGCAACCCUCACUGCUCUGCGCCGCACAGUUCCCCCAGCUGUGACAGGAAUUGCUUUUCUGUCAGGAGGUCAGAGUGAAGAGGAGGCCUCUAUCCACCUUAAUGCCAUCAACAACUGCCCUCUGCCCAAACCCUGGGUCCUGACGUUCUCCUUCGGACGAGCCCUGCAGGCGUCUGCACUCAGAGCCUGGAGAGGACAUAAAGAGAACGAGAAAGCCGCCACUGAACAGUUCAUCAAGAGAGCAGAGGUGAACAGUCUGGCAUGUCAGGGAAAGUACACCGGUGGAGAUAACUAUGGCGAGGCUGGCCAGCGCAUUUACGGUUCCUGCCAUGCAUAUUGAAGAGUAUAAAAAGAACAUUUUAACUAGCAGUGUGUUCUUCCACACCAUAACAAGAUAUAUUACAGAGGAGCUGUACUGCAUAUUCUUAGGUUAUUUCAGAAUAUUGGCCUACAUAAUGAUAUUAAAUGAAAUAUCUUGCCUUGACAAAUGAGAACAAUCAGAACAUGGCCUUGGGUGUUUCUAACACAUGUGCUGAAUGAAAGGCUUAUGCUUUACUUGUGUUGUGGCAGUACUUUGACUAGAGCUUU